AUGUCGCUUUCAGGUCUAAGAGUGAUUGAAUUCGCGGGUCUUGCUCCCGCACCUUUUGCCGGUCUCGUCUUAGCUGACAACGGCGCCGAUGUCAUACGCAUUGACAAGUGUUCUUCGGUAUCUAAUGAUGUUCUGUGCAGAGGGAAGCGCUCGCUUGCUGUUAACCUGAAAACUGCUAGCGGGAGAAAUGUUGCAAAGAACUUAAUUGCCUCAGCGGAUGUCCUCAUCGAUCCAUUUCGUCCUGGGGUAAUGGAGAAGCUGGGAUUGGGUCCGGAGGUGUUUGUAGCACGGGAGGGAUUGAAUAACAGGCUAAUAUAUGCUCGCAUUGUUGGGUUUUCGAGGUCUGGUCCGCACAAGGAUAUGGCUGGCCAUGACAUUAAUUAUCUAGCUCUCAGCGGAAUUUUAUCGAUACUACCCGGAACACCUGAAAAACCAGAAUUUCCUCUCAAUAUCCUCGCCGACUUUGCCGGGGGAGGCCUUACUUGUGCAUUAGGGAUUCUUCUAGCCCUUAUCGAGCGCAGUAAAUCAGGACUUGGCCAAGUUGUAGACACGGACAUGGUCUCUGGCGUUCGAUAUCUAUCAUCGUUUCCCCUCCUACUUUCCAUGGCUCGAGUGGGGUUCUUUGGUGGUCCACGAGGGACGAACAUUUUAGACGGUGGUGCACCCUUUUAUGGUGUAUAUGCAUGUAAAGAUGGUGGAUGGAUGUCUGUUGGAUGCCUUGAGCCUCAAUUCUUUCAAACCUUCUUGGAAAUCUUCAUGAAAUCACUUCCGAAGAGCUUUUACGUUCAACUGGAUGGCUGGGUUCCUACCACCGAAAUUCAGCAUAAUCGAGAGGAAUGGCCGAAAUUAAAGCACUUCCUUGAACAAGGCUUUCUUAGUGAAACAAGGCAGUACUGGACAGCGAGAUUUCAUGGGACGGACGCAUGCACGGUUCCAGUAUUGACACUGUAUGAAGCCGGUAAAUUAGAUGCCUCCGGUUCGUUGAUUCCACAACCUCAUCCACGAGUUGCGUCGCUUGAGCAAAAACCGUCGCUUAACGGUGACAUUUUGACGCCGGGCAAGCAUAGCAGCGACAUUCUGAGAGAGAUGGGCGUUUCCGAUAGUAUGUGGCAGCAGCUGUUACUUGAUGGAGCAAUUGAAGAGCCAAUAAUAAAGCAUAAACUGUAGCUUUGAAUACUUAUGUAUGAUUUGUGAAAGUUAAACUCGGGUUCUGUGUCCUAG